CGUUCUCCCCCAAUCCAAUUCCAAUACCAAUACCCCACCAUCGCACGUGACUUUGACCAUCCUUCCAACGAAAAGAUUCCGAUUACGAACCCUAAUCCCUCUUCCGAUCUACACUUCUUACUUCCUUUGAUCCAUCGAUUUCUGUUCAAAUCAAUCAACCAACUUCUACCAAUCAGGAAUCGAUAACUCGGAUUUGUAGUUGCAAUUCAGUGGAAUUUGGGGGUUUUGUAGUGAUGUGGAGAUCAUCGUGUUUUUUUUCAAUUGGUUGAAGAUGUUUUGAUGAUUCUAAGACACUGAAUAGUGAUUGAACAACGAAAAUGCCUGCAGUUCGGUGUUUUUCCAGAAUCGAUACUUUCGAGAUCAAAGUUGAGAUCGGAAAGAGACUCGGUGCACAAAAAGCUGAGAAGUACUUCAAUCUACUCACCAGGUAUUUGAGUCAAAAGCUCAGAAAACCAGAAUUUGAUAAGCAUUGUGUAGCUUUAAUAGGUCGAGAGAAUCUUCAUCUUCACAACGAACUCAUCAUUUCCAUCAUAAAAAACGCUUCUUUUUCCAAUACACCCCCUCAAAAACAUUUCAAAUCCAACACUCCUUUGACUCUAAAACUCCCUAAUGGGUCCCACCCAAGAACAAGUCUUCAAUCCCUCUGUGCAUUUCCUCAGUCCCCUAAAAAAGGAAGAACCCCAAAUCUUCGUGAAAGAAAAUUCAAAGAUAGAUCACUCCAUGAAAACACACGUACAGAUUUCCAAACAAUAAAACUCCAACAACAACAACAACAACAAAGUGUUUCUUUAAGCAGCAAACCUCCUCCUAAUAAUUCUGAUGAAGAUGGUGAAGAAGUUUAUAGUAGAAGCCCAGUUAGGGCUCCAUUUGGCAUCAAUCUACACUCAAAAGAAACCCGAAAAGUUCUUAAUACUUACACUCAUUCAGAUUCUGCAUACCACACUGAAACUUGCCAUUACAGUGGUCAGUUGCCAGCUUCAAAUUCUUUAAACAACAGGUUGAAACACAAUCUGAAAACAGAGGGAUUGGAUAUUUCCAUGGAUUGUGUUGACUUGUUGAAUAAUGGGUUAGAUUCUUUUUUAAAAAGGGUUAUAAAGUUGACCCAUUUGAGAUCUUCUUCAGAAAGUAUAUCCAUGUUGGAUUUUCGGGUAGCAACAGAGCUCAAUCCCAUGAUUCUUGGAGAUGUUUCACAUAUAGUACACGAGAAUUGUUAACAAUUGAUAAAGGUUUUGGGUGUAGACUGAUUAGAUUGUAUAUAUACUAUGAUUUUGACACUAUUAAUGAAAUGAUAUAUGCUUUUUUAAGCAAUCUUUCAUAUGUGAGAUGUUGAAUUGUUUAAUUUUUUAUUAGAAAUGGAUGAAAGUUAUGUAA